AAAAAAAAUGCAAGUGACCCUUAACAUCUCCCGCCAUUAUACCAAGCCCAAUAUUUCCCGCCAUCCGAAGGGUCGUAUCGUAUAAACCCAGCCGCAGUACAAUAUUUUUCUCAAACUUUACAAACAAAAAAACAUUCUAUUUUCAUUUUAGUUGUCAAAUUUCGAAAAAAAAAAUCCCCAAUUCACCUCAGAAAGAAAGAAAGAAAGUUAGGGUUUCUGAUUCUGAAAAUGGCGGAGCUGAGCUGGAGACACCAAACCCUAAUUCAAGCAUUGUUAUCACGCGGUCCUCUAAGGGACGAUCAGUUCCAUCCAAUCUUCAAUGGCCUCACUGGCAAAAACCCAGGCACUCAUAAACAGGUGUUUGAUGAAUAUCUCUUGAAGAUAAACAAAGCACUUUCAUAUGUUCAGUGUGAGCUACGGGGUUUCAGGAACCAAUACGAUGGCCGGGUUUACUAUGGAGUGGUCAAUACUGUUUCUGAUGAACAAUCCAAGCUUGGCACUAAAUAUUCAGUUCCCCAGAUUGCUUUCUACAAGGCAAUUAUUGAAGCAAUUGUGCAAGAUGCCACAGCCCAAGGUAGAAUACCCAACAUUCAUGCCCUUAAUCUACGAUUGGAGAAUCAGGUUCUAACUAGCACAGGAUCACAAUCACAGUGUGAUCCAACUCAGGUCCCUCCUGCAGUAAAGAAUUUCUCAUUAUCUCAGAAGGAAAAAACUCUCGAUGAACUUGUGCGGGACCAGUGGCUUAAUCGCACUCCUGAUGGUAUCAUUGGACUUGGUGUCAGAUCCUUUCUUGAUCUGCGCAGUUAUUUCCGUAAUAAUGAUAUUCCUUCAUGUCAAGUGUGCAACGAAGCUGGAGUGAAGGCGGAUGUGUGCCAGAAUGACUCCUGUACAGUCCGAAUUCACAAGUACUGCCUAAAGAAAUUCUUUUCCCAAAGAAGGGGGGAAAGAGUUUGUCCAAGUUGUGGGACUGAAUGGAAUUAUGUAGUACCCAAAGCAGAACUUGUCGAUGAAGAGGAUGAGGCGGAUGUGCCCACCCAGACCCAGCCACCUCGGGGACCUAGAACAAAAAGGCUUAGAUCCAGCAAAACUGACUGUGCAGAUGUAGUUGGAACUGGUUCCUCUCAAGCUUCCAGACCUACUUCAGAUCUUAGAAGAACAACUCGAAGCACUGCCCGCCCAAGGUAAUCCUUUUCCAUGUGUCCCUUUUACAAGGGACUAGAUGAAAUAUGCUGUAGAUUUUGUUUCUAACUAGCUGGCAUUCCCUGGAUAAACCUUAUGGAGCAAUUGUUAAUUUGUUAUUAGAUUUUAUGGGCGAAUGCUGUACUAGUCUUUUUUUUUUUUAUGUCCCAAAUAUUUAGGAAGAAACUGUGAUUAUAUAAUAGACCUCUAAGUAGCUUGAAGAUACCUGGAUGAAUUUAUGUUAGAUAUAUUAUUCUCAGUCCAA